AUUCGCUGCGUUAGACUGCUGCUCGCUGAAAUCACGCAUCACCAUGUCGGACGAAGGGAAGCUGUUCGUCGGAGGCCUGAGCUUCGACACCAACGAGGAAACCCUCGCCGAGGCCUUCGGCAAGUUCGGCGCCAUCGAGAAAGUCGAUGUUAUCCGCGACAGAGAUUCCGGUAACUCCCGCGGCUUCGGCUUCGUGAAAUUCGAGAACGUGGAGGACGCCAAAGACGCGCAGGAAGGCAUGCACGGCAAAACCCUGGACGGCCGCGCCAUCCGCGUGGACGAGGCUGGAAAGGGCGGAGGCGCCCGAGGAGGCUUCGGCGGAUCCCGGGGUGGCGGAGGAGGAAGAGGAGGCGGAGGAUACGGCGGGAGAGGCGGCGGAGGCGGCUACGACAGCGAUAGGAGCUACGGCGACCGAGGCUUCCAGUCCGAGGGGCGGUUUGGCGGCGGAAGCCGAGGAGGCGGCCGCGGCAGCUACUAACCGGCCCGGUGCACCCUGCGUUUUGGGGGGGGCGCGUUACCCUGAAUCCCCUGCAGGGGGAUUGUUUUUAUUUUUUUAAAUGAAAGUAUUUUCAUACUGUACAUGUGAGCAUCACGAAGAAGGGAAACAAUAAUAUUUAUGUGACGACAUUGACUAAACGUUUGGGACGACGUAAUGUCUCCUGCACGCGGGAGCUGGAAAUAUCCGUUAUUUAAAGGGACAGUACGGCCCGUUUGGAGGGACCUCUGUGUUUUUAAAGAGAGCUCGGAUAACGUCUUCUCACAGCUGGUCAAAGAGGAGAAGAUAUUCUAAAUAUAACUGAGCCGGGUCUAAAAUACUUUCACUUGUAUGAAAAGUACUUCAAAACAACCGCGCUGUCCCUUUAAGAAGCUGUGUGCUCCGACGAGUCACGGGACAAUAGCACCGUGGUUAUUUUAAAGGCACAGUCCUUAUUUUAUUUAGUUGUAUUGCCUUUAUUUUGCUGUUUACGAGGAAUGUACCUUUUCUUUAGACGCCUUCGCACUGUCGUUACCCGAUGUUUCAGGCUCCAGAUACUUUCUUCUUUUCUGUUUCUGCGCGUACACUGUUUUAAAAGCUGGAGAUCCAUCCUCGUCCUUCAAGAACAACCAGGAGGCCGUCGAGGACUGUGGCUUUAAAUGAAUGAAUGCGUUACAGUUCACAUUUCGGUCC